CCCUCCCCUCCCCUCCCCUCCAUUGCCCUACGGGAGACGAUUUCUUGCUCUCAGCGGAGAUAGACGAGACAACCCCGAACCCAACCGCAGCCGCAUCCAAUCCCAGCCCAAUCCGAAUCGCAUCGCCAUCCUCUCCCCUCCCCUCACCUCCCCUCCCCUUCUUAUGAACCCCAAUCGCAUCGCCAUCAAAUCCACUCCAACCCAAUCAAUCCGCCACCGCCGCCGCUUCACCUAGCAAACAAGAUCGAAGCGCCACACGAAUCGACAGCCAAGCAAGAGCCCACGCGAACCGCCGGCACCGGCGACACGCACUGCAGGAUGAGGCUCCAGGGCCCCAGGUGUUCGUUCCGGGAGGGCGACGCCGACAUGGCUGGCGCCAUCUUCAUGUCCAACAGCGAGACGAGGGAUCACUGCUUCAACACCGGCGUCUUCGGGCUACCGCCAGAGUAUGGGCCCUUUGUGGCCAAUGUCAAGCAGGGGAUGCCCCUGUUCCUCUUCGACUACACCUUCCGUAAGCUCUAUGGCGUCUUUGAGGCUGCCUCCGAUGGCGGCAUGGAUAUUAGCAGGACCGCGUUCCGGUCCACCGGCCGCACGUAUCCCGCACAGGUUUGCUUCAAUAUUGUUUGGAAGUGCAGACCACUCAAUGAAGAUGAAUUUUUUCCUGCCAUAGAAGAGAACUACUACAUCUCAAAGAAGUUCUACUUCGACCUUUCCUACCAGCAGGUUGUCCGGCUAUAUGGUUUAUUUGACAAGAAGAGGGUAGAGCACCCUAUUUGCAAUUAUUCAACAAGUGCAAAUAUGGAAAAGGAGUACUCAAGUAGAAGGAGAACAGACGAAAGGAGCUUGAGUCCAAAUAGUCCUCCUUUUUCUGCUGAUCAUUCCCACACUUUGAUACCCUCGAGUACCCCGAAGAUCUCAACUGUUGAAACAAACUGCUCUGCUUCUACCAGCAUGCAUCUAAUUGUACCACCUACUUCUGAAACACAGCCAAGUGUGUCGAUGCCCUUGGUAACUAAACCUUUUGGAGUCCAGACUGCUCCCAUCCACAGCAACCAAAUAAAACAACCUUAUCAUAGUCAUGAACAUCAACGAGAUGUUUCAGCAAUAGAUGGCACUUCAACUCAAGUGUCUGCUCCUUACUUUCAGACAGCUAGAUACUACCAAGAUCAGUUUGUGGCAAAUCAGGCAUACCCAUUAUCUGAUGAUUAUCCGCACAAUAACUUGUCUUCCGGAUGCAUGAUGCAAGGCCCAUCUGAUGGAGUUAGGUUGUCAGUAAAGCAGUCAUCUGGAGGCAGUAGCUUGUCAUGUUCUCGGUAUUCAACUCAGGUUCCAACUGGUGAUGAAAGAAGCUAUUUGACCUCAACUCUGAAUUUCCCAUCAUAUCAUGAUUCAUCAAGUCCGCAACGCAAUUCUCACUGGAAGGAUGAUUAUGACAUUAACUGCGACCAAUGCAAAGAGAUGUAUGCAUUUGGGAAUCUGCAUUUAAACAGAAGAAAAUCCGUUACACCUCCAGACUCGACUCAGCUAGCUAUGCCGCCUUAUCCCGAAGCUCCUGAAGUAUCAGCAAUGGUUCAGCAUAAAGAAAGCUUUACUGGCUACAUCCCAAUCCAUGAUCGCCCUGAGGACUUCGAAAAAGAACAACAGAGACGCGAUUUUAAUCGUGAUGGUUCAGCCUCAUCAGGUUCUGGACAUGAAACAUUAGCCUACAUUUCAGAUCGACCAUAUACUGAUCAUGAUGUAGGAGGUGAAAGCAACAUGGCAGUUCCUAGUCAGCGUCCACAAAAGAACGUGUUUUCUCGCUUAUCAGUGAAGCCACAACUACCUUCCCAAGAAAUUACUGGCCCUUCAAUGAACCAAUUGCUCUAUUUACUUUCUCAGAGAACAAAACAGUGGAGUAACAAGAGUACAAGUCCUAGAGAAGAUGGUUAUAAACAGCUGGUACGUGAACAGGGCAUGGACAUGCCUUGUCCUCCUGCAGAGCUAAACCUGCCAAGUGGACUAGAAGGAGAAGAAAGUGCAGAUCCUCCCUUCUUGAACUUCAAGAGGCGCAGCAAAGCUGCUGGGCUGGAUACGGAUGUAGGAAAGGAGGUUAGCGGCAAAAAGAAGAGAAGAAAGCUUGUGCGCCCUUCUUUUGGGGAAAAUAACACCACUGGUACUUCUGGAAAUGACCUCCAAGGGAAUGUCAUAGUUGAAUUUCCCCCUUCACGUGAAGAAAAUAACACCAGUGGUAAUUCUGGAAAUGACCUCCAAGGGAAUGCCAUAGUUGAAGUGCGCCCUUCACUUGAAGAAAAUAACAUCACUGGUAAUUCUGAAAAUGACCUCCAAGGGAAUGCCGUAACUGAAAGGAACCAAAGCCCUGCUUCCAUAGUUGAGAGGAAUCAUAGCCCUCCUGCCAUAAUUGAAAGGAAACAUAGUCCUGUCGAAACUGAUGGUAGCAAGUUUAUUAUUGACCUAAAUGAACCUGCAUCUGUAGAAAGUGAUAUGGUUGAGGAUGGUAACAUUGCACCGUGCCCUGCUGCUACCAACAUUCAGACAGAAAACCCCCGUGAAGUAGACGUCAAGAAGCAAAACUGCUCAAAUUCGACUGCGGUAAUCAGCAAACAAGAUGUGCCGUCCGACAGUGGCACUCCUACAGAGAAGAUUACACUUGAUCUGAACAUUACGGAUCUGAAUACAAUGGACGAGGCGAAACUGCAAGCGAUCCUUGGUUCAUCAUUGCUGCAAGCACUUGACAAGCUCAGAAACAGCAAGUCGAAUGACUCCAACAAUGCUAAAUCAAGCCCCUUUGAGAAAAAUAAAAACAGUGAGGUGAAAAUGGAGAUGAAAUCCGACACGAGCGCCAAACAUAGGUGCAACUGAUGAUAGUGUUAGCAAGACUGCGUCUACUCCAGCUGCUGCUGGGUAAGAAGAAUCCUCAGCAAUCCAGUUGUGGAGUAUACCAACCGUAGGGUGUUACAGUAGUAGUAGUAUCUACUUUGUCUCGAGUCGAACCCUUUUAACUUAGACGGAGUUUAUAGAAAAAAUUAUAUCAACAUCUGUCUGCUUUACCAGAUCGACGUUGAUUGUUUUUUCUAUGAACUUUCGGACCUGGGAGAGUUUGACUCGGGGCAGAGUAGAUAUGCUCUAUAAACUCAAGAGUAGUAAGUAGUGUCAUACACAUAGGUCAGAACCUAUAUUUUGCAUGAUCUUUUGUGUUUUCGAGGAAGAAAGAUAGGCCGCCCGUUAGCUGCUCUGUAUGGCUGGCUGUCUGAGACAGAACAGUUGUAACCUCGAAUUAGUAAUGAAAUACCCUUUCGGUUA